CCUGGACAGAAGAAAUGGUUAAUUUCACCACCCCAUAAAGCCCACCCCUUCCUAUUCCUCCUCAGUCUUUUCUUCUGUCCCAGCCUGGAUGCAGUAGGAGAUUGUUCCCUCUGUACUUCAGGUGAAAUUUAUACUCACACUUAAGAUUACCGGGCACAGUUCUUAGGGAGAUUCUCUUUGCCCGAAGCCCCUAUCCUGUGUGGCAACUGCGUUGUCUGGAGGGGGAUUUCGGCGGGGCUGGAUGUUGUUGCCGCAUUUGCGGUUCAAGGUGCGCUCCAGUGUGCGCGAUGACGUCAUCACUCGGCGACGGCUGAAAAUUUAAAAGUUUGGCGCUAAGUCGCAGCGCUGCCUUGGAUGUUGGCGUUUAUUCUGCCUGUGCAAAAUGGAUCCAGCUGCCCCGAAGAGGACUGCUUCCAAGGUGAUAGUUGCCUCUGCUGAAGAGCCUACUAAAAAGAGAGAUAAGCAAGAUGCUGAGAAGAGAUGCCGAGCAUGUGUUAAUAUGGCUAUGAGAGAUAAGAAAUUUUGCCAGGACUGCUUUGAUGAUUAUCUGUCUAGGCAGAUUAACCCCUCUGUGGCCAGGGAUUCUCCUCAGGAUUUGCCUAUUCCUUCAACAUCUGCCACUUUGCCUGAUCAGCAGUCUCUGAUGUCAUGGAUUAAAACUGCAGUAUCUCAAUCUCUUAAAGAGACAGUUCUCUCUAACCCAGAUUUGUCUGUAUUUAAUAGAAAUCCUUCUAUUCAGGAGGAUUCUUCGGAUGACAGCUCUUCAUCUGAUGAGGAAUUGCCUAGUGAUGAAAUUUCAGUAUUCGAUCAGAAACAUCUUACUCCCCUCAUUAGGGCUAUUAGGCGCACCUUGAAUCUGGAGGAUGCAAGUCAGCCUUCUACCUCCCUUCUAUUUUCUAAAAAAGCGAAGAUGGCUUUUCCUAUUCAUAAGGAAGUGCAGGAUUUAAUCCGUUUGGAAUGGGAGAAGAUUUCCAGGAGAAUUCCAGCGGAAAGAAGGAUUGAGAAAUUAUAUCCUUUCUCUGAUGAUAUUCAAGAUACUUUGAAUAAACCUCCUUCGGUGGAUGCUCCAGUGGCAAGAUUGUCGAGGAAGACGGCGUUGCCGAUAGAUGAUAUAUCUGCUUUAAAAAAUCCCAUGGAUCGCCGCAUGGAAACUGAGCUGAAAAAAUGCUACAUUUCAGCAGGAGCAGCCUGUAAGCCUUCUAUUGCAUUGGUGUCAGUUACCAAGGCACUUUCCCUUUGGGCAGAAAACUUAGAGCAGGCCGUUAAAGAUCGAAUGCCCAGAGAGAAGAUUCUGGAAGGUCUUGAAGAUUUCAGGUUGGCCUCUAAUUUUUGCCUGCAAGCAUCCUUGGAUUUAGUGCAAUUGUCUGCUCGCUCAAUGUCCUUUGCUGUAGCAGCCCGUAGAGCUCUUUGGGUCAGAUCUUGGUUUGCGGAUACCGCUUCCAAAAAUUCGCUUUGCAAGAUGCCUUUUGAGGGCAAGAAAUUAUUUGGCAAGGCCUUGGAUGACAUUAUAUCAAAAUCUUCUGGGGGCAAGAGUACUUUUUUGCCGCAAAGUAGAAGAUUUCCUGAUAGCUUCAGGAGGCGGCCAGAAAGUUCCUUUCGAAGAAGAGAUGAUACUAGAGGAUUCAGAUUCGGAAGAGAUUUUAGAACCUCGAAUUGGCGUGCAGGCCAAACGUCUUUUAGGGCCAGAGCUAGACCUCCAAGGUCCCCCAAGUCCUCUUCAAAGGCUCAAUGA